ACGGUCGAUCGGCCAGCCUUUCUUCUGCCUCUUCCCGAGCUCGAAGUCUAUUGUUUCAGUGGGAAGCUCGCGAGAUGGGUCUGAGGUUCGAUCUGCUUCUGUUCACGGCGGCCUUGCUUUUCUCACCGGCGCUCUCCGAUCUGGUCCUCUCGAAGGUCGAUCGACGCGUCGAUUUGACGACUCAAGUUGUACGCAUCACCUCAACGCUCAAGGCGGAGAACACAGGUGGCAAUUCUGUAUCAGAAGUGUUGGUGGUCUUCCCUGACCGGCAGGCAAAAACCUUGGCGUACUUGUCUGCAGUCUCCAAUGCAGGGAAGGGAAAAGCGAAAGUUUCUUCGGUUACUCUUCCCGUUAAAGAAGUUGAGCUCAAAGGGAUGCCUCCGUCUUUGGUUGGCUAUUCGGUGUCAUUGCCUGAGCCACUAGGCAAAGGGGAGAGCUUCACUCUGGAUGUAUUGGCUGUGUACGCUCACUCAUUGAAACCCUUCCCUGAGAAGAUUACACAGGCUGAUAUUCAGCUUCUCGUGUUUGAGGACAGUGCCUAUUACCUCUCUCCUUAUGAGGUCAAGGCUCAGUCACUCACUGUUAAACUGCCACAGGCCAGGAUUGAAUCCUACACAAAACUAGAGAACACAAAGAUCCAUGGGUCAGACAUUAAAUAUGGGCCUUAUGAGAACCUUCCGCCAUUUUCCUACUCGCCCAUUGUUGUCCAUUUUGAAAGCAACCGGCCUUUCGCUGUUGCUCGACAGGUGGUACGAGAGAUAGAAAUUUCUCAUUGGGGUAAUGUACAGGUGACAGAGCACUACAACAUUGUUAAUGGAGGUUCUGAGAUUGUGGGGGAAUUUUCCCGGCUUGAUUUCCAGGCCAGACCACACAUUAGGGGCCCAUCAGCUUUCAAGAAUCUUGUUGCAAAAUUGCCACCAAGGGCUCACUCUGUAUAUUACAGGGAUGAAAUUGGCAAUAUUUCAACAUCUCAUCUUUGGGGGGAUUCAAAGAAGACGGAGCUGGAAAUUGAACCUAGGUACCCAAUGUUUGGUGGAUGGAGGACUGCGUUUACCAUUGGUUAUGGUUUGCCACUUCGGGACUUUCUUUUUGAAUCAGAAGGAAAACGCUUCAUCAAUAUCUCCUUUGGUUCCCCCAUAAAUGAGAUAGUCGUCGACACUCUCAUUGUCAAAGUUGUUUUGCCGGAAGGAUCUCGAGAUAUAUCUGUUUCUGCUCCAUUUCCUGUUAAAGAGUCACGAGAGACAAAGUUUUCCCAUUUGGAUCUAGUAGGCAGACCAGUGGUUGUCUUGGAAAAGAGCAAUGUCGUACCUGAGCACAAUCAGUAUUUCCAGGUCUAUUACACAUUCAGCAGUAUCUCGAUGCUCAUGGAACCACUGAUGCUGAUCUCUGGAUUUUUCUUCCUCUUCAUCACUUGCAUUGUCUACAUGCAUGCUGACAUGUCUAUCUCCAAGUCCUCACCGUCUUACUUGGCGAAACUCCAAUGGGAAGAGGUCCAAGCAGUAAUUCAACAGAUUGAUAAUAUUAUCAGCCGCUGCCUAGCAGUCCAUGACAAGCUUGAAGCAUCUUUGCGCGAUCUUUCUAGGACGGGCGAUGUGCAAGCUUGUAAAGCUGCUCGAAAGUUGGGUGACAGUGCUCUAAAGGAGCUCACGAAAGAGCUAAAGCCCUUGCUCUCAUUCUUGCAAUCUUCUUCCCAGGCUGGUCAUGUAGUGUCUAAGGUUGAUGAGUUGGUGACGAAGGAGAGGGAACUGCAGGAGAAACUGAUGGUAAAGCUCUCGACUGUGGUCGAUUGUUAUGAGAAGAAGCUCAGCGGACGGGAAAUCGAGAACCGGAUCAAUGCCCAGCAGCAGAAGAUUACGGCGCUGAGGCAGGAGGUCGAUGAUCUCCUUGAGUUUAUUGAUGAGUUAUGAAAUUUUCAAUUUUAACCUCAAUUGCUCGUGCUUUUGAAGCUCGUACUGUACCCUGUUCCCGAGUCCCUUUGAGAAGUCUUGGUGCUGUUAGGGAUUUUUUUGCCUAGAAUUUUUGCUCUGAACUGAGAUCUACGGGACUAAGUAACUUAAAAAUAUUUCGAGGGUUUUGCUUAGAUAUAAGUGAACAGCGGCGAAUGAUUGAGCUGUAGCAAUUUGCUCUCGUAGUUAUUAGAUCGAUAUAUAUGAUGAUUGACGAGUUGGUGGCC